ACGUACACACAGUCUGUCAGCAGUGUAUGAAUCAUCCACUCUUGGUCUUGUCAUGGCUUGUCUUGUAGUUUUGUUCCUGUACGUGGAGGCCUACAAAGACGUGUACACAUAGUUCAAUAUUCAUGUGUUGGGGGUACUGUUGUGAUACAAACGACUCAAGGAGCUGUACAGUAGUCCCCGUGGCACUCCAAAACUGUUUUUCAGUAGGCCUAUAAUGGGUAACUUGAAUCAUUUCAUGAUGUGAAUUGCAAGGGGAUUUCAGCUGCCAGUAGAAAUGCCUAGCUUGCAGUUUCUAGCAUACAAGUUCUGACCUGCAUUCAUAUCGAUUACAGUUGUGACAAAAAUAGGCAAGCAUUUUUUGACGAGUUAUAAAGUGUCUUGCACUGGGGUACGGUGUACAUUGUGACUGUUAGUACAGAGUAUCGUACAUAUACAUGUAUGUAAAAAUUUGUGACUAGCUUCAAGAUCCUUGCGAGUCUCACCUUCCCAAGUCAUAGAAAAAAAUACAGAGUGACCUCCAAACUUGUCAAGAUCUAACUCCCUACCCCUUCCUCCCUGGAACAUUUCAAGCAAGGGGGCCAGUGAAAAACUUCUUGAUGCAAGAUGGCCGACAACCGGUACUCGGUGGACUAUGCCCGACUGGGCACCUCCAAGUGCAAGAAGUGCAAGCAGGGCAUCGCUAAGAAGGAGCCCCGCAUCGCCAAGCUGGUGACCAACCCAUUCUCCGAGGACGGCGGUGAUAUGAAGCAGUACCACCAUGUCAAGUGCAUGUUUGAGGCUCUCCUGCGGGCCCGCCCCACCACCAAGAAGAUUGACGACCCAGAGGAUCUUGAAGGGUUUGACGUGAUGGAGGAAGAGGACAAGAAGACCAUCAAGGAGCUGAUUGCAGACCUCGCCCUGAAGACCAAGAACAAGGUUGCGACACCGUCAAAGAAGAAGACUGUUCAGGCUACCCUGUCCGCUUCCGGGCAUGUCGUCUCCCCUUCCAAGAAAGUCCCUACACCCUCUGCCAGCAACUCAGAUCUUCCAUCAACGAGCACGAGCACAUCAGUUUCGUCUGCCACCACAGAUAUCAGUCACUCGGACAACUCCUUCCGUGAAUUCCGUAAGCUCUGCGCCCGCAUUGCGGACCAGUCGGCCUACCUGGCCAAGACGAGGGAAGUCGAGACCUUCAUCAAGAAGGGAUCGUCUGGAGAUGGUUUCCAGGGCGACACGUAUCUGCUGUUGAAGCUUCUGUUGCCGGGCGUGGUCAAGCGGGUGUACAACAUCAACAGCAAGCAAUUGGUCAAGGUGUUCAGUCAGAUCUUUGGUGCCAAUUUGGAGGAGAUGGUGACAGAUCUUGACCAAGGUGACGUCGCUGAGACUGUUCAGAAAUUCUUCUCAGAAAGUGCCGUAUUCCCUCCUGCAAAGAAAAGCACUCUCUCCAUACAUGAGGUGGAUGAUUUUCUUGAAGGCAUGGCGGCACUCACCAAAGAGACCGACCAACAGCGCCACCUGACCGGCAUCGCCAAACGCUGCACGGCCAACGAUCUCAAGAUGGUGGUGCGUCUCAUCAAGCACGACCUGCGCAUCAACUCCGGGGCGAAGCACAUUCUGGAAGCCCUGGACCCCAAUGCGUACGAAGCAUUCCAGGCCUCGCGCAACCUGCGGGACGUUGUCGACCGGGUCAACAAGAACAAAGAAGCAGCAGAUGGCCGGCCCGGCAUGAGCAAGAAACUGAGCGUGCGCGCGACGCUGAUGACACCAGUACUCCCCAUGCUGGCCGAAGCCUGCAAGUCGGUGGAUAUGGCCAUGCGCAAGUGCCCCAACGGCAUGUUCGCUGAGAUCAAGUACGACGGGGAGCGGGUGCAGAUUCACAAGCAGGGCGACACCUUCCAGUACUUCAGCCGAAGCCUGAAGCCCGUGCUGCCCCACAAGGUGGUCCACAUCAAGGACUACCUGCCUAAGGCCUGCCCUCACGGCAACAGCAUCAUACUGGACAGCGAGAUCCUAAUGGUGGACAAAACUGGCAAGAUCCUGCCCUUCGGCACCCUGGGCAUACACAAGAAGAACGCAUUCAGCGACGCCAACGUCUGCCUCUUCAUCUUUGACUGUCUCCACUUCAACGGGGAAAACCUGAUGGACAGGCCAAUGAAGGAGAGGAGGAAGAUCUUGGAGCAGAACUUGACCCCAGUCAAGAACAGGAUCAUGCUGUCUGAGUCCAAAGACAUCUCAGUGGCCAGUGACCUGUCCAGCUUGAUCAUGAGCGUCAUCCGUGAGGGACUGGAAGGCUUGGUGCUCAAAGACAAAAUGAGUGUCUAUGAGCCCGGCAAGAGACAUUGGCUAAAAGUGAAGAAGGAUUACCUUGCCGAGGGAGCCAUGGCUGACACAGCUGAUCUCAUUGUCCUCGGAGCGUACUACGGAACAGGCAGCAAAGGUGGCAUCAUGUCAACCUUCCUGAUGGGCGUCCACGACCCGGCCACAGACCGCUUCUUGACGGUCACCAAGUGUACGGGGCUUGACGACCAGACCCUGAACCAGCUCAACCGUGAUUUAGCUGUGGACAAGAUCAGCAAGGACUCUGCCAAGGUGCCCAGCUGGCUACACGUCAGCCGGGGGCUGGUGCCGGACUUUGUGGUCAAAGACCCCAAGAAAGCCCCAGUGUGGGAGAUCAUGGGGGCAGAGUUUACGCAGUCCGAUAACCACACCGCGGGGGGGAUCUCCAUCCGCUUCCCCCGAGUGAGCCGAUUCAGGGACGACAAAGAUUGGAAGACCGCCAACAACCUGGAGAGGUUAAAGGCGCUUUCUAAGAAGUCCAAGGAGACCAGCGAUAUCCCAGACCUGAUCUCGAAGAAGACGGCUUCGCCCGCCAAGAUAUCUGCCCAGAUGCACAAGAGGUCCAAGCCUGCCUCCGAUGUGGAGGAGGAUGAAGAUUACGAGGGUGACACAGACGAGGAAGUAGAUGAAGAGAGAAAACCUAGCCCUGCCAAGAAGAUGAAGAUAGACAACGGGGAUGGAACAAGUAGUGCCAAGGGUAAGCCGGCUUGCAAGUAUGGAGCCCAGUGUUACCAGACGAAUCCCCGGCACAAAACCAAAUACAGCCACCCUGCAGGUUCCAAUGGAUCGCCGAGCAAGACUGUCAGCCCUAGCAAGACCCAAGCAGCCAGUCCUUCCAAGCCUGCCUCUAUUGCUCCUACGAGCACAGUAAAACCGAGCAUGCACAGUCCUGCCAAGGGACUGGCCAACAUCUUCUCGGGUUUGUCCGUUUACUUGCCCAAGACUAUUGCUGACUACUACAAACUCAAGCGCUACGUGGUUGCAUACGACGGCGACGUGCUGACCGAUUUCAACAAGGCCAACGCGACGCAUUUUGUGGUGGAUGUAAACGCAGAGGAAAAAGAAGCUACCCCGCCUGGAAAGAUUGGGGUCACACCCGCCUGGAUCUGGGAGUGUGUCAAACAGAAAAGGAUCCUACCCGCCUCCAAAUUUGCCCCCAAAUGAGGAACGAAAUGAGAAGCUGCAAUAAGUGUAAUAUACGCAAACAAAUACGUGUAUAAAUGCCCCAAAUCUACUCAGACUCUGAAGUUAGAAAAAUGAAAUAAUGCCAAAUUAUACAACUUUUUUUACAUUUCAAGAUUGAACAUUUUUGAUACUUAUGCUUGAAAUAAACACGUUAUUUUCAUUCAAUUUUUCAUUUUUAAAUUAAUAAAUACACAAGGAUGUCAGAUUUCCAUGGUUUAGUAAAGUCAGUAAUAUUUUUUUUUUCUACCGAAUAGCGUACAAGUGCACUUCUGUUAAUCACAUGUUUUAGUUUUUUAUACUAAGAUGGUUGGAGGACAACUAAUUUUUGUUCUGUUUUGCUUUUUCUUUCAAUUUUCUGUGCAGCAGUGAAACUGUUUUUCUGUUUGUCAUGAGAGUUUGUGCUCAUCUAGGGAGGGCGCCAUUGGACCUUUUACUGAAAUCCUUGGUUGUUUGUACUUAGCUGAGUUUCAGAGAUGAAGUUCGGUCAUUUUGUUUCGUGGCGUGGAUUGCAGAAGGUGCCAGCGAUGAAUUUGAAAUGAUGAUGGAGAUGAAGAUUUCAAAGAUAGACUUCUGGCAAGAUGAGAGGUCCAUAAGGCAAGUGGGUUGUAGUCACUGGUAUAUUUUUUUUUUCAAAAUGUUGCAGGUUGGGGAUAGACUAUCAGUCUGUGUGCUUUGGUGUGUAUAUUAAUAGCAAUGAUGUCAAUGAUAUGUAGUGUUAACCACUUCAAGCCGGGGCAUUUUUCAAUGUUGAUGAUGCUAGGCCGGCAUGACUAUCAUUUUUUCCGUUUUCAAAAUCCUUCAAAAA